AUGAGCUGGCUCUUCGGCAGCUCUUCUGCCCCCCAGGAGACCCCACCAGCGGAGAAGGUCUUCGCAGAGCUGCCGCCGGGCCUACAAAUCGAGCCCCCUCCGCCUCCGCCUCGGGGAUCGUCGAUCCCAUCGGGUCCCUUCUCUGGUUUCUCUGACCCCCCUCCCGCUUCUUCUGUCUCUUCUGGGGGCCCCUCAAGGGCGCCUGUCUCUUUAUCUUUCACUCCGCCUACAAAGGAGACAGAUUAUAACUCAGAGGACUUCUCCAAAUAUACGUCUCCGUACAACGAGAGCUCUGGGGUACGGGACUCAGAGUAUGCUUCUGAAUUCAUUAGGCAGAGCAGCAGCAACUCUUCCUCUUGGCUUGAUCGGCACAUCACUAACCCUCGUUUAAGGGGGUGUAUAGACGGGGUUAAGAUGGGGAUGAAGAUGGAACCCAAACCCUUCAGGGCCCCCGGGGCCUCCGGGGGCCCCGGGGGCCCUUGGAGUCUUCAGGGGACUCGGGGCUUCUUCUUGCCAGCCCCAAGUGCCACGCGGCAGCAACUGCUGCAGCAGUUGCAGCAGCUGCUGCUGCAGCUGCUGCUGCAGCUGCUGCUGCAGCUGCUGGAGCAACAGCAGCAGCAAGUGCUGCUGCUGCUGCUGCUGCUUGCGCAGACCCUCGUAGGGAAAUUUGGUAUUCUUUCGACCAAAAUGGCUCCUCACAGGUUCCUUUUCGGCGUUAGUGCCGCCCUGCUGCUUUUGGGCAAGGCUCACGCUUCCGGGUCCGCUGCUUCCAAUCCAUCUGUUUUCUACGAACACAACGUCGGGGAAACAGGCGCAUGCCUGCCCACGCUUAACGCCGCUCGCGAACAUGCAGGCCUUACCCCAUUUGCCCAGGCUACAGCCACGGCUCAAGGCGGGAAACUCCCUCUCGACUCUGCAGCUCAGCUUUGGGGGAUCGCCUGUGAGCCACUACUUUCUGAGUCAGAAAAGCAAAAGGUUACCAAUGAGUUGUUCUACAAAAGCGCGUAUGCUAGCUUCGCACUGCCAACCGCAUCCCCCAACUGCACUGAAGCAGUGGACUACUGGAAUGCUGCUUUCCCGAACUUUGUGCAAUAUGAGCUACCCCCAGCAAACGACAUGAGCACGCAGCUCUACAGCAGCCGAGAAAAUAUUUCUUUCGUUGCCUUGUACAACCCUUCACAGAAUGCAGCAGCAGACUGCCGAGUCUUCACCUGCACGAAGGUUACUUCUGCUUCGCCUAGCAGUGACGACGACCCGAACACUGAGAAACCCAAGGAAAGCGCACACAGCCUGAUCUGCUUGACGACGCCGGAAAUACUGGAACUUGGGGGCCCAGCUCCUUUCAACAAAGAAGAGUGGGAGAAAAUCAAAGAAUCUUUCAGUCUUAAGGGCACGUCUGCAGGGACACUCAACUUCGGCGUGCUCUUCCCUGCAACAGCAAUCCUUUUAGGUCUGGCGGCGUUUUGGUCGGUCUUCGGACGCAUUCCCGGUGCAAGUUUGUUGCGGGGAGGUUCGGUCUACAGGAGGGGUUCUGCGGGCAUGACAAUGGGUAUGAGCAGCAAAGGACAUCUGUCAGAUGGAGGGAGAAUCAAUGGCCCGCACCCGCUUGAAGCUCUUUCCCUCCCAUACUAG